AACUGCCAAAGGUAUCGGUGACGGCAGAUACGAGGGGCAGAGACGCUUGAGGCUCCGUUUUGUUUCUGGUGUGCGGGGCUUGGUCGCCGAGCUGAUUACUGGACCAAUUUGAAAAAGGAGCAGGGAGAAGAGGAGACGAGGGACAGCAGAGAUGGCUUCUCUGAGGGAGCCGCUUCAAGCCUUCGCCCAGAUCCUCAUGGCGAGGAAAGUUAUGUCUCAAGACGAAGCCCAGAAGGCGCUGGACGUUUCCUACCAGAGAUUCGGAGAGCUCGCGUUCACCCUCGACGAGGCGAUUUCGAAGGUGGACAAGAUGCUGAGCAGCAUGGACAUGGGGGUGAGAAGUAUGAAGGCAAGCGGGCCAAACGGGUUGAUCUACCACUGUUUCAUCAACAAGACCGCGGACGAGAUCGCGAAGCUGCACGGAUCCAAGCUGGAAGACUGGCAGGUCAAGGCCUUCCGGGGCAUGAUCGAAAAGUUCGCGAAGAGUGAGGAGCAGCAGCUCGAGCUGCUGGACUUGCAAGGCCUCACGGAGCACAUCAAAACGAAGGAGGCUGAAAGCACCAAGAGGGAGAUGAUCAAGUCUUUCGCGGACCAGCUGGUGGACGACUUCUGGCUCACGCGUCCGGGCAACGACGUGUUCUACCGACUGGGGGUCAGGACGUACGUGGAGCUCCCGGAGUUGCUAAAGACGUUCGACUUGGAGGUCCCGCAGGUCAUCCACCACUAAAGGAUGCGCUCUGUGCACUCCACCCGUACACCACGCGGUCCGGAUAGCCCGGCCAACUCAGGCGGACCAGUUCAUGGAAUGGUUUCAAAGCAUCGCUUAUGGGUUGUGUGUGACAGUGGAUUCCACGGUGCCCCUGUUGUUGAACUACAGAGUACUGUGUUCUGAGGUUUUGCAUGAGACACGCAUCGUCAAUGGCACCGUGUUGCCAGGGGUUCGGCACCUCCAGUGCCUCGAUUUGCCUUUACAAGUAAGUUUCGUUGAGUCGCCCGCCAAGCCAAGUACCCACUUUUGUUGCCCCUUUUUUGUCCGGGCGCUUGGUUUUGUCGCGAACGUCCUGUGCAGCCUAUUAGUGGGGUUGGUUAUGUUGGAGUGACUAUCGCGAAACCC